AUGGUACCGUUGUACCGUAUCGACACUGGUGAGGCUACUCCCAUAGUUGAGCCUCAUCGACAUUUCGCUCCGAAGACAUUAGAAGAACUGAAGCGUUUGACACGUGAGCUACUUGAGGCUGGGGCUAUUCGAAGAUCUACUUCGAAUUGGCUUUCACAACCAGUCAUAGUUGCAAAGAAAGAUGGUUCGAGUCGACUAUGUGUAGACUUUCGAUCAUUGAAUGCGGUUACGAAAUCAGACCCAUUUAAUGCUCCUGACGCUGCUGCCAUAAUCCGUCAACUCGGACACUCAAAAUUGUUCGUAGUGAUGGACCUGAAGAACUCCUUUAAUCAGAUGAAAAUUCAUCCUGAUGACAGGCACAAGACAGCUUUCUGGACUCCACUAGGUCAGAUGGAAUGGCAUGGCGCACAAAAGAUGAUAGUGCGUAUCAAGAAACAUUUCUACUGGCCGAAUCUAGCUAAAGAUUGUGUUGACUUUACUGCUGGUUGUUUAACCUGUCAACGUCGUAUGAAUGUUACCAAUCUAGUCGGGAAAGGAGUACUAUUAUCUACUGACUUUAAUGUAUUAGUAUCAAUCGAUGCUAUUGGUCCGUUUGCGUACAAGAAGAAGAUGUAUAAUCUUAUCACUAUGAUUGAUAAUUUGACGAAGUGGGUUGAGUAUGUGGAUAUGCCGUUUGGGUGUACCUCAUAA